CAGCAGAGAAGAACACAUAGUUGACAUUUGGAAGUCCGCAUAAUAGAAUCAGAAAACAUGGCUGUUGUGGAACUAUUGAACCUUAAUAAUGUGGUCUUCAGGACCUACGUGUUCUGGACAGGAGUUCUGGUGCUGAAAAUGUUUGCCAUGAGCGCCUUGACCGCAGUAAAGCGCUUUAAAACAAAGACCUUCGCCAACCCCGAGGACUUGAUGUCGCCCAAACUCAAAGUCAAAUUCGAUGAUCCCGAUGUGGAGCGUGUGCGUCGCGCCCAUCGCAACGAUCUGGAGAACAUUCUGCCCUUCUUCAUCAUUGGACUCCUCUACACACUGACCAACCCGAGCACCUUUCUGGCCGUCAAUCUAUUCCGUGCCGUGGGCAUCUCUCGCAUUGUCCACACUCUGGUCUAUGCCGUUGUUGUGGUGCCACAGCCGGCUCGCGCCCUCGCUUUCUUUGUGGCUCUCGGAAGCACCGCCUACAUGGCCUUACAGGUGGUGGCAGCUGCAUUCUAGAUUUACAAUUAGUACUCUCUUUAUACACGUACAUACAUACGUUUCUAUGUAGAGGUAAACAUUUAUAUUUUCAUAUUUGUUGGCUUAUUAAAUCUGGUGCUACAGUUUGAUGUUAA